UUGUUUUUCUUGAGGUAUUUUUCAUGGCUUCCUCUAGUGGGACAUGUUCAGGGUCAUCUAUGAUGCAAAACUCAGGUUCUGAAGGGGAUCUUCAAGAAUUGAUGGAUCAGAGGAAAAGGAAGAGAAUGAUAUCUAACCGUGAAUCUGCGAGGAGGUCUAGGAUGAGGAAACAGAAGCAUCUGGAUGAUCUGGUGUUCCAGGUGGGUCAUCUGAGGAAAGAGAACAGCCAGAUCAUCACCAGCAUGAGCAUCACCACCCAGCAUUAUCUCAAUGUUGAGGCUGAAAACUCCAUCCUGAGAGCUCAAAUGGAUGAGCUUAGCCACAGGUUGCAGUCCCUGAAUGAGAUGAUCAGUUUCUUGAAUGGAAACAAUUGGGGUUCUGAGAUUGAUCAGCAGCCUUACCUUUACAGUACUGUCCUGAAUGAAACUCUGGAUGAUGGGUUCUUUAUGAACAACAGUUGUUGGAAUUUUGUGUGUGUCAACAAGCCCAUCAUGGCUACUGCACCUGCUGACAUGCUGCAAUACUGAUCAGUUCCCAAGACAUUUUGGAGCCUAAAGAGGGAAUCUAUUUAGCUGUAGGAUCCAAGAUAAGAUAAGCAUAUUUAUAAUUAUGACUAUUAAAGUGGUAUUAGUAGCUGUAAGGAUAAUAAAAUGGUUCUUGUAAAAUGCUUUUGUCCCCAUGUUGGGGUGAUGAAGGUGUUGGGUGGGGGUGGAUAUCAGAAACAUGGCUUUUCAAGAA